AUGGAAAAUAAAUAUCUAAUAAAACAACAAACAAUGCUUUCAAAAUCAGCAACAUUAAACGAAAUGCUUAAUUUUAAAAGAGAACUUGAAAAAAGUGAACAACAACGUGAAGAGCUUUUCGAUGAAUUAGAGUCAUUAAUUAAAACAUGUGAUGAAAAAGACAAACUUGUAUCAAAGACAUUACUGGAAUUAAAAGAAGUAACAGAAAAUUGUGAUACAUUCGGACGACAAAAUACAAAAUUACAAUAUGAUUUAACAUUAGCAUUAGAAAAAUUAGAAGAAAUGACUGAAGAAGCUGAACGAUUUGCAAAAGAAUCCACAAGUUCUCAAAAACUAUUAGCAGAUUCUGAACAAAAGCGAGAAGAAUUUCAAAUUCAAGCAGAAGAAACAAUUAAACAAUGGAAAGCUCGAGUUAAAAAAUUCGAAAAAGAUAUCGAUCGUUAUAAACUUGAUUCAACACAAAUGUUAGAAAAAAAUGAACAAUUAAUUAAAGAAAUCAAUACGUUUAAAUCACAAGAAUUAACCUUAAGAGAACAAGUUACUAAACUUGAAACUGAUUUAAGCCUAACAAAUUAUAAUCAGUUAGAAGAACAAUUUAAACGAAAUGAAAAUGAUAUUAUUCAACUUCGUGCUAUUCGUUCAUCACAAGAAGUUGACAUUGCAACAUUGAAAGAAACAGUCUAUGAACUUGAAAAGCAACUUUCUAUCCAACGACAAUGUCAAUCAAGAGCUGAUAAAGAAAAACAGAAUCUCCAUAAAUUAUUAGAAGAAGAAAUCAAUCAUCGACAUAAUCUUGAUUCAAAAUUAAAACAAUCAGAACAAGAUAUUGAAACAAUAAAUACAUAUCGUUCUCAAUUACAAAAACAAAUUAUCGAACUUGAAAAUGAACGAAAAGAUUUAUUACAAAAAAUUAAAGAAAUUGAAUUUGAAAAAGAUUUAUUAUCAAAAGAAAAAACAAAAUUUAUUUCAUUAGAAAAUGAUUAUGAAGAAAUUAAAAGAAAAUUAGAAAUAACUAAAGUUGAUUAUACACAUAGUAUGAAAGCAUUACAAAUGGAUUAUGAAAAUAAAAUUGAAAUAUGUCAAUUACAAUUAUCAGAUGAAACAUCUCGAAUUGCUAUUUUAAAACGACAUGAAUUAGAACAUAAACAAGAAAUUGAAAGACUACAAGAAAAAGCAGCAAAAUUUGAAGAUGAAACAACUCGAGCACACUGUACCAUUGAAAUUUUAUCAAGAGAAAUCAAUGAUAAAUCUCGAUUGAUUGAUGAAUUAGAAUCAAAAAUUAACAAAUUGAAUGCUGAAGCAACGAAUCAAACAAAUCAAAUUAUAAAAAAACAGAACGAUUAUCAAAAUUCUCUUCAAACUGUUUACAACGAAAUAAUCUAUUGUACAGAAUGCUUAUCAAAUGAUUGUAAUGAACCUUUUGUUAUUAUCGAACCUGCAACAAUACCUCGAGAUGAUAUUGAAGUUUGGUUCACCAAAUUUAAAGCUCAUCUUACUUGGCUUAAACAAGAAUUAGAAAUUCGUCAACAACAAGAAAAAAAACUUCGUCAAGAUCUUGAUAAUGCAUUACUUGAUUGUGAAGCUGAUCGAAAAUAUUUUGCAUCUGAAUUAGCUAAACGAGAAGUUAUUAUUAAUGAAUUAACAAACAGUCAUCAAGUUUGUGAACGAGAAACUUUAAAUACAUCAAAUGAAUAUAAGCAACUUGAUGUACAAGUCGAAUAUAAUAAACAACGUAUAUUAACUGAGGAUGAACGUGAUCGUAUUGAUGAUCGAUAUCGACAAUUUCAAAUCAUGAUCGAUUCAGUUAAACGAGAUUUACAUACGGCAAAAUUACAACUUUCAGCUUAA